ACUUAUAGCCACCAGCACCCUGGCUAUGGGUGUGAACCUGCCGGCGCACCUGGUGGUGGUGAAGUCGACGUCCCAGUACGGCAGCAGCGGCUACACAGAGUAUCCUGCGUCCAGCAUCCUACAGAUGAUCGGUCGUGCCGGCCGUCCUCAAUACGACACCCACGCCACGGCUGUUAUUAUGACCACCAACGCUAAUAAGCGCAAGUACGAGCAGCUGGUGACGGGCAGCGGAUCGCUAGAGAGUCACCUCCAUCUUAACCUAAUCGAACAUCUCAACGCUGAGAUCGUGCUGGGCACGGUGUACAGCGUCCACGUGGCCGUCACGUGGCUGCAGUCGACGUUCCUGUUCGUGCGCGCGCAGCAAAACCCCCAACACUACGGCUUCCCUAGGGAACUGACCAGCCUCCUCUCCAAGUUUUCCGAGCUGUGCAGUCGCGAGGUGUCCCUGCUAGACAAGGCGGGCCUGGUGGUGGUGGACGACCAGGGAGCCUUGACAGCCACUCGCCUCGGUGAACUCAUGGCCCGCUACUGCGUCUCCUUCCGCUCCAUGAACCUCAUGCUUAAGGUUCGCGGGGAUGAAAGCCUCAAGGAGCUCCUCUCCCUCAUCGCCGAGUGCCACGAAUUCGCCGACAUCAAGCUUAGAACAUCGGAAAAACGUCCUCUCAAUGAACUGAACCAGAAAAAGACGAACAACGAGCCAGGCUCUAGCAUUCGCUUCCCUGUGCAGGGCAAGAUUAAGAACCGCGUCAACAAAGUUUUCUGUCUGGUACAGGCCGUGUUCGGCUGCCUGCCCCUCUCAGACCCUGGGCUAAGCCAGGAGACCAACAAGAUCAUGCGUGUGGGGCUGCGACUCUCCAAGUGUCUAUGCGAGGUGCUAGGGUCGCGAGGAUCAACUAAUAACUACGAGGCUCAGCUGAACGCCAUGCUGCUGAGCAAAUGUUUUGCUUGUCGGUUGUGGGAAAACUCGCGCCUCGUGACGCGGCAGCUCGAGCGCGUGGGGCCGGCGCUCGCCACGGCGCUGGUUAACGCCCGCGUCGUGAGCUUCACGGCGCUGGAGAGCGCCAAUCCUAGGGACAUCGAAAUGGUGUGCAGCCGCCAGCCGCCGUUCGGAAACAAGCUGCAGGAAAUGGCAUCGCACCUGCCGCGCUAUGAGCUCACGCUUCAGCAGCAGGGAUGGGUGCAGCAGGAGAGCUGCACGCUGGAGGUCGUGGUCCGUCUGUGUAACGCGAGCGCCGUGCAGGAGGGCAGUCCGGUGGGCCCCCGACACUCGUGUCUGCUCAUCGUCGGCGACCAGGACAACAACGUCGUCUUUUCUCAACGAAUUACCGACGCCAGCUUGAUACAAGCGGGCGAAGUGAAGCGAUGUGUGGUGGUGAAGCGACCUGCUGAAGCAGACGAGCUGGCCUUCAACUUCGUCUCAGAGACAUGGGCUGGCUUGGACAUCCAGAUCAACUUCACUCCACGAUACAGCGGUCCGCGAUGGCCGAACCCUCAACCCACUGAACAAGAAGUGCCAGCCUUAACGCAGCCACCACAAGAAGCUGCAUGCCGGGACCACCUGAAGUCAUCAGGCCCUGCAAGUACCGCGUCACGACGGUCGUGCCUGCACCAGUGCGCCAACAAGCUGCUCUGCGCUCACAACUGCUGCAAGGUGGGCGUCCGGCAGCCGCAGCAGAAGGCAUUCGGCAGCACCGUCAACGCCGUCGUGUCUAACAGCAAGCGCAUGGGAGAGGCGCGCACGCAGAACCUCCCUGCCAAGCGAUACAAGCUGGAGGCAAGCUCUUCUACAGAAAAUGUACCAAAGACUCCGGCAUUCGCACAGUUCGGCUUCAUCAACACUAAACCAAAACUAAUGCGUUCAGAUGCUGGUAAAAAUGUUGCACAUAAACCUAAUCGUCAACCGGUAGAACUUGAUAAGAACAAAGAAAUUAUAGAGAUUGAUGGUCCUAAUGAAGUCGACUCGGCCAUUAGUAUUCUAAAAAAUCCUGCAUUAGACCUAGGUAUGGAUCCAAUUUUAACUGGCCAAACGACAUCAGCUGGAAAGUCAGAUAAAACGACGCUCAAGAAUGAUGCCCUCGCUCUCGAUGUGUCAUGGGACGACUGCGUUGAGAUAGAAACACCUACUUGUAACAAUGACAGCGCUGCCGAUAAAAUUCAUUCCCGCGAAAGUGAACAUAAGCAGAAUUCGAAGCAGGAAGAUGAGGGUAGUGCCAUUAAAGAUAAUGAGCAGAAGUCAGACAAUGCCCUUGGGAACAUUCGUGGUAGCAUUUUAGAUUAUUUUAAUCCCAUGCUCAAGGCUGGUAAUGAGUCUGAUUCCGAGAGUCGUAGAGAGGCAAACCAUUGCAAAUCUACCGCAGAAGCAAAUUUUAUCCGUCCCAAUCCUAUCAACGAAAAUAACGCUAAUUUGGGUCUUCAAGGAGAAGCUAGCACACAAAAAUCAUUGUCCAGUAAACUGCAAGCAUUGAAAACGGCGAAGAGCCAUGGAAUCACAGAAGCGAACGAAGGCACGCAAUCUUUUUUCCGUUAUUUGGCUGGAUUCACAUCCAUUCCUCAAAAAGAGACGAAUGGUUUAGUGACCAUUGCAAGGAAGGAUGAUCCUCAAGUUACUGAAGCAAAACUCGCCACCCUGUCAGAAGCUGAGAAGUAUCCGCAACAAACGUCGUGUUCCGAAGAUAACCCUAAAAAAGAGCCACGACUAACUGCUCUGUUAGACCAGCUCCGACAACAAUGGCCUAUUCAGGGAUCUAAAAACGAAUCUCCCGAUAUCUUCCUACCUAUAAAGCUACCAGAUAAGCCGAAACGGGAAGAGAAUCGUAAGAUUGUGGCAUCAGUUGCACCCAAGAUAAGAUUGUCCGCGAAUCCACCGAUAUACUGCAAGUCUGAUGCAGCAGGUCGUAAUGCAGUUCUUUCGACCAACAGUAAGAUGAUCAACGAACAGUCAGAUGACUUAGAGAAAUACGUCCAAGAAAAAAAAGAUGAACAGAAAAAUCUCAUUCAGUUAUACAGAAGAAACAAACCAUUCGUGAACGAAACGCCUGAGUUGCCAUCAUCGCACGUGAGCUCAGGAAACUUGGUUCUCAACUGGCAGGAUUGCAUCGGCAAAACUUCACAAAAAGAAAAAUUUCAUCUACCCAAGCAGGCAAAGAAUCUCAAGGCCUCACCUGCACUUCCAGACCCGAGACAAAUAACAAAUAAAUCGACGGAUAUAAUAGCGGGAGGUACAAUCCCUUUGAAUGAAGAUAAUUUUAUUUGCAAUAACCCUGAAAACCAGCCAGAUGAAGAUGCGUCUGGAAGCAACACGUCUGAAUUUUCGGCGUUCAAAAAUUUCAGCUCGAAGUUGCAACCAAACGUCGUGGAUCAGAAAAGAAAUUUUACGAGGGAAGUAUCGCCGAGCCUGAAAAGAAGCAGCACCAGCCUACCUACAGGCUCUCAUUAUGGCUCUAAUGCUGACUUUGACGUUGUUAAUGCAGAGAUCGAUGACGAGAUAAGUAACUAUGCGUCCGCUUCUUACCCUGUUUCGUGGCCAGCUGGCUGUUCCAUCAGCAAUCCACUCUACGUGCGCCAUGGUAGUCAGAAUAGCUUCAUGAACCCAAAUAAUCCGAAUUCACAACUAAUCUUUGGAACAAAGGAUAUCCCAUUGCCAACAGUUGUGUAUCCGAACAAUCGACCACCGCAAAUGUCACAGCAAGGAAACGUUCUGAGACAACUGAACACAAAUGAUGCAGAUGUAAUGCUAAACGUUCAACAGAAGGCUUUCAACGAGGCUUCAUAUCUCCAACAACCAUAUUUUGGCGUCCCUCAACGCCAGCCGUUGGCAGUACCACGUGCGCAGAACUUCUGGACAUCCGAGAAACAAAAUUCGUUGUUAUUCCCAACAAGCUUAUCGCAGUUUGAACCUCAACAAUAUUUCCCACAGUCUACGCAGCGCCAGUUUGCCAACCCAAAGUUGCGACUUGAACCUUUCGAAAAUCAAAUGCAUUUUCUUACGAACGCUCCUGGCAUUCCACCAUACACACCACAGACGCACUGGAUGAAUCUUGGACAGUUCUGAAAACAUUCAUAUACAUCUCUUGCUACAGUUUGACUGCCAAAACGAAUACGCUAAUGAUUUAUUAGCUCACAGAAGAAAAGACUUUAAUCGAAUACAUACGAUAUUACGGGAUUUUUAGCAAAGCGAACUUGAAGCUUCCAAGGUAACACCAUUCACUGUUUUCAAACGUGUGUGCCGGAUCAUUAAUUUGCGUUUCAUUAUGAAGUAUUUUUUUGCUUUUUUAAAUUUUUA